CCGGUGGGGUAGUUACCAUGGCUUCGGCUCUAGUGGUGUACCACGGAGCAAUCAGUAAAUUGGAGUGUGAGGAUCGGCUUGGGAAGAACGGGAAGAACGGAGCCUACCUCAUCAGAGACAGCGAAACUAUUCAAGCAGCCAUGUGUCUGUGUGUCUAUAGACAGAAGGUGGUGUAUACCUACAGGAUUCUCCAGAACAACACUGGAAACUACACCCUGCAGACAACACCUGGUGUAGAGGAGAAGUUCUUUAAGACAUUAGAGGAGCUGGUCCACCAUUAUAAGUGUCGAGGGCAGGGAUUGGUCCAGCACCUGUGCCACUUAGUCAAGAGAAAGACUCUGCUUCAACUUCCUGACCCCAAUAUCAUYGAAGAGGUGCCUGAUUAUGAGAUUGUGGAUGCAUCAGACUACGUCGAGGUCCUGCCCUCCUGAUUCAGCAGCACACUCUGAACCCUGACCCCUGACCUGUGACAUCAUCUAUUAGCCUGUGAGAGUCUGGGUGUGGUGCCAUCAGAUCAGGCUGUGGUUAGUGGUCAUGAUGCAAUGGGUUGUUUUCUGUUCUGUGUGCCAGGGGUACUGAGGUUGUCAGAGAGAAUAGUGUUUGUCUGUUUGUUGAAGUGGAAGUUUACGUCAAUGACACAUCAGAGAGGGGAUUUGGGGACUAGGCCUGUGUCGGUGACUCAGUGUGUGAAUCCUUCCCCCUCUCUCCAUGAUCUAAACUGGCCCACCACCAACAGUGAGGUUUUCCCCCUCUCUGUAGGCUGGGUCUGUCACAUUACCCAGUGCUGGUAGAUUUGUUCUAUUCAUAAUGGUUUGGGGUAGUAAGGAGUAAUGUCAUUCACACCUGACAUAACAAUGUUUAUUUUUCUCUACACUCUAUAGAAACAUCCCAUAUAAUUUACGGCUCAUUCAUCUCAUGAUUAUGUUUUUGUCACUAUGGCAUUCUGAAUACAUAAAAUCCCUUCAACCGAAUGAACCAUAYACAUACAAAUAAAAGACAGUUAUGUUUGCUAACCAGCUGACCCACCUGUUAGUGAUCUACGAGGGGACUUUAGUCUUCCCUCUGCAGACGCCUUUUGCAGGUGCUUCACUCUCCACGCCAAGUAGCCACUCCCAUCUUCUGCAUUGUAAUAGUGGGCCUAGAUAAAGACAGACAAAAAAGAAACAAACCUUUUGUCCACCUGAAGCAAAUUUGUUACUGCUGCAUGUUAGAAUCUGUAAGAAAAGUUGAACAGUUGCAGAGACUGUGUAACAUUUAAUGUUCCUCGGUCACCUUCACAUACACAAAGCCGGAUUGAGGAGGAGCAUGUAAAUAACAGCAGUGUUUUGUUAGACAGAGUUGCAACUUGAAAAGUGCUGUGUAUUCCCUGCUCUCUCCUUGGCUUCGCUGCAUUCUAGAUUCCAUAGCUAGUACAAGGCACACACGCCUAAUAAAAGUAACGACUGCUGACACAGUUAACGACAUCAUAGCUACGCAGGCACACAUCCAUGACUGAAUUCUCAGACCGAAUGCAGGUUUGGGUUAUCUUUUUAGCUAGCUUAGACGUGUGGCUUUGGUAGCCAUCUAGCUAACGUUACUAGCUAUCCAGCCAUCUAGCUAAGCAGCCAUCUAUCUAGCCAAAGAAGCAACACUCACGUGGGCCAAAGUGGUGUAUAGAAUGAAUGACUGACCUUAACUAGACUAUACCCUGAAUUCGGUUUGAGUAUUCUAGCAAAUAUUUGUAUAACUAACCCUCAUUGUUCUAUCUGUGAUUCUAGUUUGCGAACGUUAACGUUAGCUAGCUACUAUA